GGUCCGGGUCCGGCUUCUAUGGUCACGUGGUGUAUGCUGUUUUCUUAUCACGUGGGUGCUGCCCAGCAUAGGCUGCAUGAGGGGGGAGCAGGUUCCCGCAAUCCUGCUCGGCGGAGGGGCCGCUCUGCUUCUGUCGCUCCUUUGGAUGCCGGCGCUGUUGCCCGUGGCCUCCCGCCUUCUCUUGCUACCCCGAGCUCUGCUGUCCAUGGCUUCAGGAAGCCCCCCGUCCCAGCCCUCGCCUGCCUCGAGCUCCGGCUAUGUUCCCGGCUCGGUCUCUGCAGCCUUUGUCACCUGCCCCAACGAGAAGGUCGCCAAGGAGAUCGCCAGGGCUGUGGUGGAGAAGCGCCUGGCAGCCUGCGUUAACCUCAUCCCUCAGAUUACAUCCAUCUAUGAGUGGAAAGGAAAGAUUGAGGAGGACAAUGAGGUGCUGAUGAUGAUUAAAACCCGAAGUUCCAUGGUUCCAGCUUUGACAGAUUUUGUUCGUUCUGUGCACCCUUACGAAGUGGCUGAGGUGAUUGCAUUGCCUGUGGAGCAGGGGAACGCCCCAUACCUGCAUUGGGUGCACCAGGUUACAGAGUCAGUUUCCGACUCCAGCACAGUCCUACCGUGAUGAGCCCCGUUUCUCUGCCAUGUUCCCCUUGUAUACUUCCAUGCCCUUUGACUUCCAGGUGAUGACCGGGCCCCAAAUAAAUCCUAUCCUUGGUUUUCACUGCC